ACAGCCCGAGAAAGGUAGCUCCCAGUUGUGAGCUUGGACUACACAGCCCGUGUACCUAGGUUUCCCCAUAUCGGUCCCACCCAAGAACCUUGUCGGCCGCCGCGACGCCAGAUUGCUUGAAACGUUGAAUGACAUUUGCGAAUCCAGCGCCCACAAUUUCCCCAAGCAUCUCCUUACGGACACCUUCAAUGCCGCCCUCCUUUCGACACAGUUCUGUUCGGUCUCGAUUCCGGUAACCAUGCCCGGGCCCUCUCCUCAUAAGCCCAGACGGAAAGCGAAGCGGGCUGGCGGCAAUGGCCCAAGCAACCUUCCUGUCAUUAUGGAGCGCGAAGCUCUCGUCCGCAUCCCUUCCUUUCCCCUGGCCGCCUUCCUCUGGCCUGCCAGGAGUUCUGUAUCGCAAUGGGAGUUAUUACCGUUGAUACUCAUGGCAGUUGGUCUGUUCCGCUGGGCUGCAGGUCUUUGGGGCUAUUCUGGCUUUGAAAAACCACCUCUGUUUGGCGACUACGAGGCCCAGCGCCAUUGGAUGGAAGUCACAACACAUCUUCCCAUUUCGCAAUGGUACUUUCACGAUCUUGAGUGGUGGGGUCUCGACUAUCCUCCUCUUACUGCAUAUCACAGCUGGAUUUGUGGCAAGAUUGGGUCCUUAAUCGACCCGGCGUGGUUUGCGCUCUACGACUCGAGGGGCUCCCAUGAUCCGACGCUCAAGAUAUUCAUGAGGGCCACUGUGCUGGUAUCCGAAUAUUUAAUCUAUAUCCCCGCCGCUGUCAUCUUCGUGCGGCGCUUCAGUAGGCUCAGCGGCGUUCCUGCCUGGACCUCCUCCGUUGCUCUUGUGGCGAUCCUGAUGCAGCCGGCCACCAUCCUUAUCGAUCACGUCCAUUUCCAGUAUAAUACAGUCAUGUUGGGCUUUGUGCUUGCUAGCAUGUCAAGCAUGCUUGCCGGACGCAACUUUUGGGCCUGUUUUUUCUUUGUUAUGGCGCUGGGUUUUAAGCAGAUGGCUCUCUACUAUGCCUUUUCGGUUUUCGCAUAUCUCUUGGGAGUCUGCGUGUUCGACCAUACCAACAUCCCCAGAUUCAAUAUCCCGAAAUUCAUUGGGAUUGCUCUGGCCACCGUGGUGUCUUUCGCAAUCCUGCUCCUCCCGAUCGUUGCUGGCACUUUGUCCGAGGCCAGCCGCGGGAUCACUGCCCAUCCUGGCGGUGCUCAUCCCCCUCUCCCGUUGUUUGCGGAUCUGGCAAAGCACUUGAACACCGAGGCCUUCUACUACCCGGUCAUCGAGCAGCUCGUCCAAAUGAUCCAUCGCGUAUUUCCCUUUGCCCGAGGUCUCUUCGAGGACAAGGUCGCGAACUUUUGGUGCGCCAUGAACGUGGUGAUCAAGCUCAAACAGUAUCCGGCUGAGCUGCUGCAGAAGGGUGCGUUAGUUGCGACACUGGCAGCAAUCGUUCCGCCAAACCUCAUCUUGUUCCUGCGACCCAACAAGCAUCCAGGUCUCUUGCCCCUUGCCUUUGCUACAACCGCCUGGGGUUUCUUCUUGUUUAGUUACCAAGUCCAUGAGAAGAGUGUCCUUCUUCCCCUGAUGCCUAUGACCUUAUUGCUUGCAGGGAGACAAGGAUUGGGCAAGGAUACUCGUGCCUGGGUAGGAUUUGCCAAUAUCUUGGGCUGUUGGACCAUGUACCCGUUGCUGCAACGAGUCGACCUCCGAGUCCCGUAUACCGUCUUGACUCUUCUUUGGGCUUACCUUCUCGGUCUGCCCCCGACGUCGCUGAAUGCGUACUUCCAGGACGGCUCAAGCAUCUGGAGUCAAUGGGCCACCGCAUUCAUCCAUGGCUUCUUUUACCUGACGAUGGCGUUCUGGCAUGUGCUGGACAUGUUCGUUGUGGCCCCGAAGGACAAGCCAGAUCUUUGGGUGGUUGCCAACGUUGGCGUUGGUGCUGCUGGGUUUUCGCUGUGCUAUCUUUGGUGUCUCGGGAGCCUUGUCAUCGAGAGUGAGAUUCUACCCCCGUCUUGGACCGGCAAGGAAGCAAAAACAAAAAGUGAAUAGAAUAGGCAGGGGGGUAAAUCCGUCACGGAAAUUCGGCCGCCUCACACUCUACGCCAUGGACUGUAUAAGCCGUUCCUAUGGGUCAGCCUAUCUGCUAUGACAUAUACACCGUGAUAUAUUGUUCGAAUUGAAUCUUCUCAUCAUUCGGUCAUUGAUCGACAUUUAAAUUUACCUUGAGAAGUCUGGAACCAAAGGCCAUGAGUUCGUUCUCUUCAUGCAACCAGUAGGAUUUGCACGGCGCGCACGAAUACACUCCAUGCUGUG